AUGGGGAUUUUUGGUUGCUGCUCAGACUCUUCAAAAGAGCGCGAAAAAGAAUUAGAUGACCGUGAGAAGGUACUUGACAAUCGCGAACGAGAGGUGCGCGAGAGAGAGAACAAACUUCAGAAAGACACGAAAAAGCUUGAAGACCAGAAGAAAAAUAAUCAAGGGCUCAACAAUGAAAGUUUCCGACAGCAGGAAGUGCCGGCCGAAGUCGAACGCGAGCUGCAGCUUUUGCGCAGUCAGAACGCCUCGCUGACGCAAGAUGUAAACAAGAAGAAUAAAGAAAUCGAUGCUCUCACCAAAAAAGUCAAAGCAAUAUCAACCGUCCAAGAAGUAAGCGAUUUGACAACAGUCUCCGUCGCUCCUCGAAGACGAAUCGAGGAAGCAGCAGAUCCUGUCGAUGGCAAAGCAGUCGAGCUCAAGCGCGUUUCCAAAUCUGCGAAGACAACGACGAUGCUCAAGACGGCGCUGCGAAACUGUGACUUGCUCAAAGCUCUGGAUAUCACACACAUUGAGGCGAUCGUGGAAGUUAUGCAGCAGACUUCUUACAAAAAGGACGAUGUUGUCAUUAGGGAAGGCACUGAUGCAGUAGAAAUGUACGUUCUUGAGCAUGGAGAAGUAGAAGUAAGCCAUGACGAGGGGGAUGGACGCCGUCAGGUUAUUCACAAGAUGAAAGCUGGAGCGACUCUUGGUGAAAUCGCGUUGCUCUUCAACACGAAACGAACGGCAAAUGUAAUCGCAACGAUGAACUGCACAAUUUGGAGCAUCAAUCGUGCGCAAUUCAAGAAGAUCAUGCAGAACACCAACGAAACUGAAUAUAUUGACAGAUCGACCUUCCUCCGUCGAAUCUCCAUUCUUCGUCACUUGUCCGAUUAUGAAGUGGCCAAGAUUGCCCAUGUAGCAGACCGCGAAACUUACCAAAAGAACCAGUACAUUGUCCGGGAAGGCUUCGAAGGCGAAACCUUCUACAUCAUCGUCAAGGGUAAAUGCGCGGUCUACCAGCUCGACGAAAAGACAAACAAGCAAAUGUUCCUCCGAGAACUCGCCGCUGGCAGCCACUUUGGAGAAAAGGCCCUGAUGAACAAGGCGAACUCGAACAAAAGAACUGCCACUGUCCAAGCAAGCACUGAAGUCCAAGUUCUUACGCUCGAAAAGAAGGAUGUUCUGCGACUGAUUGGAAACAUUCCCGACAACUACCCAGAACGACCCGAUCCAGACCAAGGCUACGUGCAGAUCAAGAAGCAACCCGAAGCGGACAAAGACCCCGACAUCUCCCUUGCCAACCUUGCGACCAUGUCGAUCCUCGGCGAAGGCGGCUUCGGCAAGGUCGAACUCGUCAAAGUACGAAAGCAGAACCGUUUCUAUGCGAGGAAGCGGGUCGCGCGAACCAAGAUCAACAAGAAAGACAUGGAGCUGGAGAAAACAAUUAUGCAAACGUCCGAGUGCAAAUUCAUCGUCAAGUUAUUCUAUACUCUCACUGACAGUCAUUAUGUUUACUUACUGAUGGAGCCGUGUCUCGGUGGAGAGCUUUGGACACAUCUUAAAAAACACAAGCGUUUCCCAGAAGAGCGCGCUCAAUUUUACGUAGCAUGUACGAUAGAAGCGAUCCAGUUCUUGCAUCUUCGCAAGAUCGUCUACCGAGACAUCAAGCCCGAGAAUCUGCUGAUAGAUCGACACGGUUACGCGAAACUCGCCGAUUUCGGCCUUGCUCGAAUCACCCAGCCCGGAUCAAAGCGAUGGACUUGCUGCGGAACGCCGGAAUACAUGGCGCCUGAAGUACUACUCAAAUACGGCCACGACUUCUCGGUCGAUUACUGGGCCCUGGGAGUGCUCAUUUACGAGUUAACGAUGGGCGAACCGCCAUUCAAGAGCCCCAAGUUCAUCAUGAAAGGAAUCGACGUCGCCACCUUCCCGAACAGAAUCACGCGCCCAGGAAAAGAUAUUGUCAAGGCACUUGUCCAGGUCAAUCCCAGUAAGCGACUCGGUAACUUCAAGGGCGGCAUUGACGAGAUCAAAAAUCAUCGAUGGUUCCAGGCUUUCGACUGGCAAGGACUGCAAAAAAGAACAAUCAACGCGCCCUGGGAGCCAAUUCUCCGCACAGACUGGGACACGCGCUACUUCGACCAGCAGAAUUCGGACAGAACGACUGGCAUUUUCCGCAAAGACGAAAGAAUGGCUACUCGAGAAAGAACUUUCAUUGCUAUCAAGCCUGAUGGUGUUCAGCGAGGCCUCGUUGGCAAGAUCAUCCAGCGAUUUGAGGAGCGCGGAUUCAAGAUGGUCGCGCUCAAGAUGUGCGCUCCUGGCCGAGCUCACCUCGAGAAGCACUACGCCGAUCUUUCCAAGAAGCCAUUCUUUAAGGACCUCGUCGACUACAUGGUUUCCGGCCCAAUCGUCUGCAUGGUCUGGGAAGGUCUCAACGUCGUCAAGUGCGGCCGAAUGAUGCUCGGCGAGACUAACCCACAGGCUUCUCUUCCUGGCUCCAUCCGAGGAGACUUCUCCAUCCAGGUCGGUCGAAACAUCUGCCACGGAUCCGAUUCCGUCGACUCCGCCAACCACGAAAUCGCACUCUGGUUCAACAAGAACGAACUCGUCAACUGGGACUCCGCCAUCGACGCGGAAAAAGCAAAGUUGAACGGAAAGCUGCUCGAUUUGCCCUACGUCUCUGGCUACACCCCAAGCCAGGAGGACGUCUUCUACUUUGUUCAAAUCAAGAAAGUCGACGAGAAACUUGUCAACCUCGCCAGAUGGUGGCGAAACAUUGCUUCUUAUGAAAGCGAGUUCGCUUCUCUUCCUGGAGAGCCAAGGUUGCCCGGCGCUGCUCCAGCUGCUCCAGCCAAGAAGAAAGAGGAAGAAGAAGAUGACGACAUCGAUCUCUUCGGCGAUGAUAGCGAAGACGAAGAUGCCGCAGCUGAGCAAGAAAGAAUCAAGGCCGAGCGAGUUGCCGCUUACAACGCCAAGAAAGCCGCCAAGGAAGAGAAGAAAGGCAAGAUCAUCGCCAAGUCGAAUAUCAUCCUUGAUAUCAAGCCCUGGGAUGACGAGACCGACAUGAAGGCGCUCGAGGCCGAAGUCAGAAAGAUCAGCAUGGACGGUCUACUCUGGGGCACUGGCAAGCUGGUCGCCAUCGGCUACGGUAUCAAGAAAUUGCAGAUCACGACAGUUGUCGAAGACGACAAGGUCUCCACCGAAGACCUUGAAGAACAAAUCACCGCCUUGGAAGAUUAUGUUCAAUCUGUUGACAUUGUCGCCUUCAAUAAAAUCUAA